GGAUACAGGACAGUCUCUCUCUUUACUUCGGACUCUUUUUCUCCCUUGCUUGACACUCUGCUACUAACACAUAAUUUCCUGGACUUUUCCUGUGGUGUGUAUACCCAGCUCCCUGACAGUCACCUGGAGAGUGAAAACUGGACUGGCUGCAGUACUUUGGUGUUGGCCCAAGUGUGGAGACUAUACAGCCUGACAAUAGGGAGAUACAGUGCUGGCCACUCAAAUAUUGCUGCUGCUGCUGCUGACUAGGAUAGCUGCCCACUGAGGAACUGCUGCCUCACUCCCAACACCACUCUCUUACAGUGCAGCCGUGUGUACUCUCUCCUCUCUACUAUACUGUUUGGAUACUGGGCCCAAUCAAGCCGCUGAUUUGAGGUGCAUGUGCUACUGCUAAUGUGGGCUGCUGUUCCUUGUUCUCUCCCCCUUAGGUAGCUCUCUGUGAACCACCGGUCACCUCAUCACCUUCUUUCUAUCUUUCUGCUCGGUCUUCAUAUGGAAAACAGACCCUCAGACGACCUGAUGUCCAGUUCACCCAUGAUGACCAAUGGGACUGGUCUGAGCCCACAACAGGUUCCUAAUGCAGAUAAUGAUGCAAAAAAGGUCAAACUGGAACAGCCACCACAGGAAAUUUCACGAGUGAUUCAUGUGAGAGGCAUUCCAGAAAAUGCUACGGAGGCUGAAAUCGUCCAACUUGGUAUUCCCUUCGGCAAAGUUACAAAUGUGCUUCGAGUCAAAAAGAGCCAGGCUUUUCUAGAGAUGGAAACUGAAGAUAGUGCGUGUGGAAUGAUAAAGUACCAUUCCACCUCUAACACUGCAUUGAUCAGAGGCAAACAUGUCUUCAUUCAGUUCUCCAAACACAAACAGUUGGUGGUCGACCAGAUCAACUCACCACAGAAUGCAAGUGCUAAAGCAGCAAUUUUGGCAGCAAGUGAAAUGUCCAAUGAUAUCCCACAGUCCGACAACACACGAUCCAUCCUUCGAGUCAUCGUAGAAAAGUUACUGUAUCCUGUAGAUGUCACAACACUACAUCAGAUAUUCAGCAGAUUUGGAUUUGUGACAAAGAUCAUCACCUUCACAAAGAAUAAUACAUUCCAGGCCUUAAUCCAGUUUCAAGAUUCAAUUUCUGCUAAAACAGCAAAAUAUUCACUAGAUGGCCAGAACAUUUACAAUGGGUGCUGCACACUAAAGAUUGACUUCUCCAAUCUCUCCAACCUGAAUGUAAAAUACAACAAUGACAAGUCCUAUGAUUACACAAAAGUAAACCAGCUAUGUGCAGGAGAUGCCACAGUCCAGAGACACACCCCAGGGAUGCUAGGAGGUGUUGGAGGAAUGGGCGGAGUUGGAGGCAUGGGAGGAGUUGGUGGAAUGCAAGGUGCCCAGGAUCUCAUGACGCAGGCGUUGAUGCCAGGGAUGGGAACCGCUCCACUAACAGCCUACGGGGCCGGUGCGGCAGCGGCUAUGGGAGGCACACCUGUAUAUGCUUCAAACUUUGGCCCAGGUGUACAAGCUCAAAUGCCCCAGCUGGGAAACUAUAGCUUUGCAAAUCCAGCCCUGACUGGGAUGGCGAUGGGUGGAAUGCCUGGUGGGAACAGUGUUCUGUUGGUGUCAAACUUGAAUGAACAGAUGGCCACGCCAGAUGCUCUCUUUACCCUUUUUGGGGUAUAUGGGGACGUACAUAGGGUGAAGAUAUUGUAUAACAAAAAGGAUAAUGCUCUCAUUCAAAUGGCAGAACCGUUCCAAGCUCAACAAGCACUACAAUAUCUAGACAAAUUCAAAGUAUGGGGCAAACAGAUCCGAGUAGCUGCCUCCAAACACAGUGUUGUGCAGAUGCCAAGGGAGGGACAGCCGGAUGCAGGUUUGACAAAAGACUUUACCAAUUCUCCACUGCAUAGAUUCAAACGACCAGGAUCCAAAAACUGUUUGAACAUCUUUCCACCAUCUGCUGUGCUUCAUCUUUCUAACAUUCCACCCAAUGUCACAGAAGAAGAGAUCACAGACAGAUUCAAGGAGCAGGGUACAGUCGCAGCAUUCAAAUUUUUCCCGAAAGAUAGAAAAAUGGCUCUCAUUCAAAUGGGUACUGUUGAGGAAGCUAUUGAAGCACUCAUAAACUUGCACAAUGUCCAGCUAAGUGAAAACAACCAUCUGCGAGUGUCCUUCUCCAAGUCUACAAUCUAAAAUGCCCAGAGCUUGUGAACCAGAUGUUAAAUAUUAAAAUAAUUUUUUUUUUCUGAUUUAUACAUGACAUUAUAAAAAAUAAUAUUUAUGUCAAGCUGUCCCUGUUUAGAGUUAUCUCCCAUUGGAAAGUGUAUUGGUAAAAAGUGCCUUUUUGUGUAUUUUCAAUAUUUACAGAGUCAUGAGAAUCCUGGUUAUUUUACACAGCGUGUUCAGGGCCAACAUUCUGUAUGUGCAAUUAUUUGGAUUUUUUUUUUUUUUUUUUUGUGUUUAGAAAAUUUAGUUGACAUUUUUUUUUAAUUAGAAAUAUCAAUAGUUUUGAACAUGUCUACUUGAGGCAAACAGAAAGAUUCUUUGUAAUCAUUUGAUUAGUGUUAGUUAGCUCUGGUAAAUGGCAUACAACAUUUCCUUCGGUCUGUGGGAUCAUUGAUGAAAUAAGAAUAUACAUGCUGAAAGUGACAUAUCAUGUGGAAGGUAUUUUUUGUUGGUUAAAUAUUGAACUGUUCACUUUACACAUGAUAUUGUCCUAAGGGAUUUGAUUUGUAUAUUUUGGAUCUGCCAUUGUAGUCAAAUGAGCAAGAUUGUGUUUUCUGUUUUUUAAGAAUUCCUACUUAUCGCCCUUGUCCCUGCCUUUUUUAUGUCAAAGGAGUGACAAUAGAUGGCAGCACUAGGAUGAGGAAACUGACCGACAUAAAUUACCUACUGCACACACUUCGCCCAUUUUACCAUGGAAAACUGAUAACUGCUGCUGCAUAUGUUGGGCAUGAUGGGUGAAUCAAUAUUUGGGAUAGAAAUGUUGUUUAUUGUUAAUGACUUUGAUAAUCAAAUAAAUUGGUUUAUUUUUUAUUUUAGAAUAUUUUUUAUCAAGAUGAAUGUUUCAUUUGUUGUGUGUAAUUACAGUUAAGACUGGAACACCUGGGUUUAAGUCCGAAUUUCAGUUCCACUUGAACAGUUUGAAGUUAUUUUUUGCACUUCUUUUCAUCAUCCAUUUUGUUGGUAACUACUGGACUCUUAGCCAAGGAGGCCUUUAUUGUAUGUUUGUUUGAAGGAUAACCUUUUGUGUUUUCUAAAUAUUAUUGUUAGAAAUCAUUUGUCCCAGACAUUUAUAUAUAGUUGAUAUACUCCUAAGAAAUCCAUUAUUAAAAAUAGAACCAUAUAUAUAUAUAUAUGCUCACACACAAAUAUACAUAUAUAGCAUGGUUCUCUGAUGUUUAGAUCUCCUUGGCCAAGAAACUAAAGGUUUACAUCUUAUUCGUUUAUUUUGACACGUGCAACAUUUCUGCCCAAUGCUUUGCAAAAGAAAACUCUGAACAGAGACGUCAAUUAUUUUCUUAGCUUUUGUAUUGCUUGGUUCUGGUUAAGAAAUAAAUUCAAAAUAAAAUUGUUUAGCUGGUAGAUUUGAUGAUGAUUUCUAAGACUUACAUGUGACCCUAUUUUUGCAUUGGGUAUCAUAAUAAUAAAUACAUUCAAAAGUUUAAAUAUAUAUUUUUGCAUUUUUGAGAGUUAUUCUACAGUCUGGGGAUUUUCAUUUUACAUAUAUGUAAAGGGAUAAGUGUGUUGAACCAACAUUAAAUGGUGUAUAUGUUGGUUUUUUUUGUUUUUUUUUUUCAAUCAGUGCAUUUUUUUCAUUAUUAUAAGAAUUUGUUUCAUUCAUCGUGUCACUGUGUUGGGAGUAACAAUCUUGAGUUUCCUAGGCACUGUUUAUAGUUAAUAAUCAGCAUAAAUUUUGUUAAUACAAAUACCAUUCCAGUGUGGAUUAUUAUGUUAUCUUCACAUCGGUACUUUAUUUGUCCCAGCUAUUUUGUCAUGGCUAUGCAGAUGAUUCUUUUUUCAUACAUCAUAAUCCGUCUAUUUGUUUUGUGUGUGAGCUUUAAUAUUGAACUGUUGUUCCAAAGAUUACGGAAAAAACAAAAAAAAAAUGAAAUUCCCAGUCCGACAUAAAAAGGUACAACAGGAAUAACAGAGAAAUGGCUGGCAAAAUUAGACUUGUCGAAAUGGUGGGCUUUACACAAUAAGUUGAUGUACAGUUUUUAAACACACUUGAUGUAAAUAGAAAAGAAUGUAUUUUUGAAAAAUGCAAGAGAUCAAAUUAUAAUUAAAGUAAAAUGCAAAUAUUCUGAACAAUGCAAGAUUUUUCUCCUGGUGUAUGUUUCUAACCUGUAGACUAUGAUGCUGAAUGAUAAAAUUACCAAUAAGAUCACGUUUUGAUAUUACUGCCGUAAGCGUUAGUCCAUGACAGCAUUGUCAGUAUUUGUGAGAAGCAUCAUCAGUACUGGUUUGGAAACAAUGGCCCACUCUAUAAGGGCUUAUUCUGGACUAGCUGUGAAUGUAUUUGGGCAAUAACUUAGCAGUUUAGUUCCAUUAUGUUCCUGUUGUUAAAUGUUCCUAACUAGUAUCCAGUAUAUUAGUAAUGGUUUAAGGCUAUAAAUAGGUCACUUAGAACAAGUUCUACCCUCAUGUAUUUCUCAUCCUAAACCAAGAAUACUUGUUGUAUUUUUUUUUUUUUUUUUUAAAUAUUGAUGUUAGUGUUGUACAAAGUAAACUUAAACUGAAAGUAUUGUAUUUAAUUGAUUCUGGUAGUUUUAGUACAGCUGGGGUGACACAGCAUCACUCUCAGAAAUACAAAUUGUGUGGUAUCUUCGAGUGUUAAUUGAUGUUUGUAUAUUCUACAUGCUGAAGUUACAGAAAUAUAUUUCAGUAGUAAUUGAAUUCACAGUUGAUGUUGCUGUACCAAUAUAAAUCAUUGUUGAUAUGUUGAUGUAGUUGUACUGUUAAGUAAUUACUUGUACCAGUAAACCCAAGCAUGGAGGGUAGAACUUGUUACUGACCAGCCCACACAAACAGAUCUGAUGGAGAAGACCUCACCACGGUUUGAUCUUGUAACCCUGCGUCCAGAUGUCUGUACAACUGCAGUUAUAAUGUGCCUAUUAUUAUACAAGGGAACAACUUUGAAUCGUGUUACAUAUAAAUCCACAUUUUGUAGCUUUUUUAGCCACAAAACAUGUUGAUGUUUUAUUUAUUAAUUUUUUACUGCAAACCUCUGCAAUUUUUAGGGGUUCAUCAGUGUUAUUUAUAGAUGAUGGUGAUGAUUGGAAAGAGUAAAGAUUAUGAUGUCUACAGAAUGUUUAUCAUGGAAGAUUUAUUAUUAUACUAUUGAAGAAGAAAGGUUUAUAUAAAAAAAAAGAUCUUGUAUUGUGCGAAUGUUGAGAUAUUACUAUUAAUUUUUUGUAAUAAAAUGUGAAUCAUGA